UCGCGCCCGCCGCUUAACGCUCGGCGCCGCUCGCUCCUCCGGGCGCCGCGGACCCCGCCGCAAACGGACACAAUGGCGGCGGCCACCGCCACCCCCGGCACGGCCGCCUGCAGCAGCGGCAGUGCAGGCUCCGACGCCGCGGGUACCGGCGGGUUGCAGCCGCAGAAACAGCCGGGCCCGCCGCCGCUGCCCGCGCACCCCCGGAAGCCGCGCAUGGACCCGCGGCGGCGCCAGGCUGCCCUGUCCUUCCUCACCAACAUCUCGCUGGACGGACGGCCGCCGCUGCAGGACGAGUGGGGAGGCGACGGCGGCGCGCCCAAACCGGGCGCCAGGGCUCGGCUCAGCCCGCUGCCCACCGGCUGCAGCGCGCUCGCCACGCCGGGCCCCUGCGUCUCGCAGCCCUGGCUGCUGCCCCGCGCGUCGGGGGAGCUGUCACUGCCGCCCCGGCCGGCGCCCAUCGCCGCGUGCGUCCCGCUGCAGUCGCCGCCGGAGGGGCCCGGGCCGGAGGAGCUGGAGGAGGAUGACGCCUUCGCCAGCGUGCAGGUGCCGGCGGCCGCCUUCCUGGGCUCCGGAAUCCCCGGCAGCGCGAGCGGUAGUCGGGGUCGCCUCAAUUCGUUCACUCAGGGAAUCCUGCCCAUCGCCUUCUCCAGGCAGACCUCCCUGGAGCAGCCGGGCCCGGGCGGCGGUGCCGGCGCCGGCGCCUUCGAGCAACUGCAGAGGUCCCGGCGUCGCCUCAUCUCCCAGAGAUCAUCCUUGGAAACCCUGGAAGAUAUUGAGGAGAACGCCCCGCUCCGAAGAUGUCGAACUCUCUCAGGUUCGCCCAGACCAAAGAAUUUUAAGAAGAUUCAUUUUAUCAAGAACAUGCGGCAGCACGACACCAGGAAUGGCAGAAUAGUCCUUAUCAGUGGCAGAAGAUCCUUCUGUAGUAUAUUUUCCGUGCUGCCAUAUCGCGACAGUACCCAAGCCGGGGACUUGAAGUUGGAUGGAGGGAGACAAUCAACAGGCGCCAUGAGCUUGAAAGAGAUCAUUGGUCUGGAAGGUGUGGAGCUGGGAGCUGAUGGGAAGACGGUUUCUUAUACCCAGUUUCUGUUACCCACAAAUGCCUUCGGAGCCCGGAGAAAUACCAUAGACUCCACCUCCUCUUUCUCCCAGUUCCAUAACCUGAGCCACCGCAGCCUCUCCAUCGGCCGGGCCAGCAGCACCCAGGGCAGCCUGGACAUAGGUAGUGACCUGGGGGAAUCCAUGGACUAUGACCCCAAUCUCCUGGACGACCCUCAGUGGCCUUGCGGCAAGCACAAGCGAGUUCUGAUCUUCCCUUCGUACAUGGUUCCUUCUCUCCCGCACUGUCCCCAGGUCUCAGCACUGAGCUGGAAGGUCCCACGCGGUGAGGACUGUAGAUACCACAGUGAAAACCAGCCCCGCCUACUGAGAAGAUACCAGAUCUGGGGCCCGGGAUUUAGCUCAGUGGCACCGUGCUUGCCUCAUAAGUGCAAGGUCCUGAGUUCGAUCCCCAGUACUGGGGGAAAAAAAGACACCAGAUCCGCACUCACCAGUGUAACUGUUGUCCAAGAGAGGCCAGGCAGCUCCCAGGCCCCUGCUGCUGGCUUUCUGCAUGUGUCCUCUCAUCACUUGGCAGAGUUCAGAGGUCACUGUGAUUCACCACACUGAGUCCAAAUGAACUCCCAGAGGCAGUUAUUACAGAAUGACCCUGCUCCUCUCUCCCCCACUCAUCCCAAAGCUCCUAACCCAGAGAGCUACACCACAGCUAUGCAGAGUUUCUCUCUCCACUCCGUGACCUGUGCAUUUGAAAACGGCUCAUCCAUCUUCCUCAGGGGCUAACACCUAGUAAGUGCUCAGUAAACAAACAGAACCACUGCCCUACGACUCAGGAGGGUGCACCGGAGAGGUUUUUCCUUGACUGAAAAUAAGAAUUCUUUUGCAGUUCACUGCUUUAUAAAAGUUCACUUUGUUAAUUAAGCAACUUGGGCAAGAAACUGUGGCUCAAAGUCUGAGUGAGGCUCUCACCGUUGAGGCUGAGACCACAACUCCCCUCUGAGGGCCCUGUCCCUGCUGGCUACCUCUGACUGCUGACCCGAGGGCAGGGCGUGAGGACAGCUCUGCAGACCAGCAGGGUCACCGUGUGUAGGUGACCAGGUGACGCGAACGUGCUCUGUUGUGGCUGAUGGUGGGGUUUGGUGGGAGCUCCUAGUGACAGGUCACAUUUGGUGACAACACUAACCUCUCCUUUUACAAGCCUGGUGUCUGUCAGGUGGGUGCCCGACCCGAUUGCUGUCUUUUUCUUUAAGUGAUGUCACAGUGAACUUUAAGGUUCUGGGCUAGAGCAUGUGUGUGCAUGCGCAUGUGCAUGCUCAGAUAAUUUUUGCUCCAUGGCCAGUGUGCUAGAUGGCUUGCCAAGUCAGUAUACCUGUCCUGCCCUCCUCGUUUUUAUGGAUCAUUUUUCAUUCCUCACGUUGAGUUGGCAGUCUGUGCUUCCUGGAAGGGUCCGUGUCUUAGCGAAAUAGGCUGUGGGAAUUGCAUCUUGUUGGUCAGAUCUGUGACACCCGUCUCCUGUUCUGGCCGCAGCCAUCAUUAUGUUGAUCAAGGGCAGGUAUAACUUUGGGAGCUACUGUCUAAGCUCCUGCCUGUGUGUGUGUGUGUGUGUGUGUGUGUGUGUUACAGAGUGCCUCAGCCCUGCUCCCUAGAGAGAAGCAGGCAUGGAUUGGAGGGCGGUUUCUUGGUCGUUUGUUCUGAUCUUACAGGAACAAGAGUGUGAGUGUUUUGUGUUUGCCUUAUUUUUGUGUUAAUGAUUACAGAAUUUGCACCUGGCUGCGCCUUUCCUUCUCCAGUGGACAGUGAACCAACCACAAACCCCAUUCUCACUGAUCUCAGUGAGUAGGGAAGGCAGACAGCCAACAGCAGAUAAGUCACUGGAGCCAUGCAGAAAGCUGUCUUGGAAGAGUGAUAGGUGACAGGGAGAAUCCAGGGUGGGUUCUCCACACGAGGAGACCAUGAUGUGUCAGGGAGGGUGAUGAAGUGUAAAAUGGCCCUUUCCUCUGGUGUACACACAGGCCCUGGGCUCGGGGAGCUGCACAUGCAAUGGGCCCAGGACUCCCAAAGUCAUCCCAUAGCAACAAGAGCUCGAGGGUCCCUGGAUCCAUGCUGCAGGCCCCUGGGGUGCAUUCAGCUACUGGGUUGGUGUGCCGAGCUCACUUUCCAUCAUCCAAGACAGGCUAAUGUCAGGCCCAUGAGGCCAACUCUGGCUCACUCUGCCCAGGCCUUCCUGCAGCCGCCUUUGCCUGCAGGUGAGAACAGACCCUGGGGCCACUCGGCCUCAGGGUCCUACUGUCCUCCAGCCUCCUCAAGCCCCAGGGACGUCCCCGAGCUGUCACCCGGUGUUUAGGGUUGCCCUGUCUGCACAGAGUUUCAGUCUCUGCAGAGUCAGACAACCCUCAGAGCAAUGAGCUAAACCUUCCACCUCUCAAAUCCCACAGCAGCCAUAUGCAGUGGAAUUUAUACACAAUCACUGCACCCAUUAAAGUCCACAGCCCCAUGAGUUCUCUAAGUGCCCUUCCAGUCCAUGUAGGAUGUUUCUGUCCCCUUAGAAAGUCCCCCCGCGGGCUGGGGAUUUAGCUCAGUGGUGCCACCACCUGCCCCACAAGCACAAGGUCCCGAGUUCGAUCCCCGGUACCAAAAACAAAAAAAGCUAAAGUCCCCUCCCCUGUGGCAGCUAACUUCUGACUCCAUAUUUAGUUUUACCCAUUCUGGAAUUUCAUGCAAAUGAGGUCAUAGAGUGUGCACUAUUUUUGGGGGGUCUUCCACACACCUUAAUGUCGGUGAGAUUCACCUAUGUGCGUGUAUUGGUAUUUUCCUCCUGUUUUGGAGUGGUAUUGGAUCCAUACAAUCUCUCCACUCUCCUGUUGAUAAACAUUUAGUGUUUCCAUGCAGGGAUAUUAGGAAAACUGCUAACUUAUACAAGUCUUUUUAUGGGUACCUGUUUUCAUUUUUCUUGGACGAAUUCCCCAGGGGCAGAUCGUAGCCAGAUAGCAGCCAUCCAGGGUGUUGUGGGAUGUGUAUUUCCUGGGUACUUUUUCUAAGAGCAAUGUGAAAAGGCCUCUCAUCCCCACACAGAGGGCAUGCCUGGGGGGAGGGUCCAAGGCCUGUCAUCUGCAGCGUGGAAGUGGCCCCCUUAGAGAGGGGCCUCGCACUCUGAACCUUGAUCCAUGCAGGUCAUUCCUGUUAUUGUCCACUGUGAAAGGGCAAAGGUGAAAGGUUGGACUUGAAAGAGAAAAUCCCUGGGGCCAGGUGUGGACAGCAGGUUGCAGCUGCCCGGGGUCCAGCCCUUGGGUGCCUGGAAGGUGACCAUGGUGGCAGUCCUGUGUUGAGCACCUGCUACAUGCAGGUUCUUGCAGGGCCUCAUCCGGGGGCAGUGCAGGCGGGCGGGGGCCCUGAGUCACCACCGGAUGCUUCCAGCCUGGUGUAUAAUUAGAGCCUCACUGGAGACCGGCUAUUUAUCAUUGGAACCUGGCCGUUCACGGUGGUAGUGGUUUUCAUUGUUCUUCUCCCCCUUUAUGGGUGUGGAAAGCAAUUAAGAGGAGAAGGCAAGGGAGAGAGCUGAGGUAAUGCCAGCAGAGCUAACCCUGUUCCCUUGGAUCUCUGGAUCCUUUUUUUUCGAAGGACAAAAUCCCUCUCUUUCUGCUCAGACAUCAGAGAGGAACCGGGGUGUACCCUGUAUGGUACCAGUAGGGAUGUACGUCACCGGGACUGCUGGGUGGGUGGUGGCUGUGACAAAGUGCCUCUCCUUGAAUUCACUUCGUAGUGGAACACAGGGCCCUGCGAUCCCUGGUGUGUGGGAGUCACCCUUUGAACUGGGUUUUUCAGCAGUGUGAGCUGCUGAGGAGUGGCAACUAAGACUUUCUGGUGUCUCUAUUGGUUUGUUUUCGCUGUCCCAGUGGCUCCAACAGUUUCCUGCCUGCAGGGUCCCCCCCUUUGCAAGGUCCCUUCCAGGCCCCCGGUUUCACCUGCCUCCUCUACUCCCUUGGGAGGCCUGGGCCCCUUUAAGGCCAGUGACAGCACGUGACAGAAGCAUGGCUGGGGCUGGGAAGGCUUCUGUGGAAAUCUGGGCCGUGGACGCAGUGGAAGACCUGGACUGUGUAGGCCCGCCACCGCUAGGUAUGAGCGUUGAAUUAAAAUGCCUCAAGCCUGGCAUGGCAGAGCACACCUGUGACCUAAGCACUCAGGAGGAUCACUGCAAGUUCACAGCCAGCCAGGCUACAUAUCGAGACCUUGUCUCAAAUAUCAUAAGAAAACAGCCUCAGAUUCCUUACUGAGCUGGCGUGGUGGUGGCAGGGGAUAGGGUAUUUUUUGGAAACUGUGUUGUUAGAUACAAUCUGCAUCCUGCACAGUUCACCUCUUCAGUGUGCAGUGCAUUGGUUUAUAUAUUCAUAAAGUUACAUGGCUGUAACCAUAAUCCAUUUCAGAACAUUUGCAUCAUCCCCCAAAGAAGCCCCUUCCCCUUUGAGCUGUCCUCUGAAUCAUGUACUGCCCCAGGCCCCAGUGUCCUCUCUGGAUUUGCCUGUUCUCUAUCAGUGGAGUCAUACAGGAUGUGCCUUCGAGUCUGGUUUGUUUCACGUAGCCUUACAUUUCAAGGUUCAUCCAUGUUGUCACAUGUAUCAAUAUUGUAGUUUUUAAUCAUUUUUUUCCUGUAAAAAGUCCCAAUAUGUACAGCAGCAUCUGCUCCCUUUCUGUGUAUUCUUGGGGCGGGGCCGACCAAUUUGUGACCUUUUUUUGAGGCAGGGUCUACCCCAGGCUGGCCUUGAACUCAUAGCAAUCCUGGCUUAGCCUCCUGAGUGCUGGGAUUUCAGGUAUGCACCACUAUUCCCUGUUCA